GGUGGCGCUGGCGACGGCACCGUAGUCUACGAAGGCGGUAGGAGACAUGCCCUGCCGUAAUACGGUUUGAUAUGGCGCAUGCUUCGACAGUGAGUCGACUUGGAGCCAGUGAUACUGACGAUACAGGUCAAUCUCCUGGGAAAACUGCUGGACAGUUUAACAAGUGAAUUUAGGAAUCGAACUAGAGACUGAUAGGCACAGCACGAACCGGGAACGUGCCCCGCGCGAACAGACAGACUUCUAAAGAGGCGCCAGAAGAGCUGGGAAUGAUAAUCACAAGUGUGGCAUAGGCAUACUAUUAAUGGCUAAUGCACUUCUGGGCUGGGACGGUGACGACAGCAGAGAGCUAAUAGUAAUUGUGGCUAUUGAAGUCGCCAGUGGAUCGUAACAGAAAUCGUCCGAAGUGAAGGACCAUCGAGCGUCAAAAAGGGUCUCCAGCGUGACAGUUACUGAAGAAGAGAAGAAGUUGCAGGAGCAGAUAACGUAGAUGACGCGAAACCUCUACGGAGUUGGUGUCGUCGGGGCACUGGCCAUUAUAUGGCUCAUACCGUCCGCGGAACUUCUCGCUUCAAUGGCUUCGUUUAACAGACGCUUUAAUCGAUGCAUCUAUUCUAAAACAAAACACACUGAGAGACCACUCACUCAAGGUCAAAUUAUCCCAAACGGAAUGACAAUGCAGUCAUUCAUCGAUAAGGUUGACCAAAUUGAGAAGGCGGCUUUUAAGAGCGAUGCCAUUGCUGAUAAGACAGCUAUCACAUUGCUACAUUGGUUCUCUAUGCCCGACUGGAAACUGCCCGAAUCAACUGAUCGUUUUGACCAAGAAGCUAGUCGACGACACAGAUAUCAGUUUAUCGAACGACUCUUUAGUGAUAUUGUUGCUAGCGCAACGGGUCACGAUUACGAAGAAGAGAUUCUGGCCAGCGACGAUCACGAUGACGCCGGACAUGAUGACGCGUGUUUUAUGAUGUAUUCUCUCAGUCACACCGUCAAUGAAACAUGCUCCGUAGCCGCUGUGCAAAGAUAUGCGGACGGUUCGAUAUCGCAGACAAAUGUCGACAACAGUUUUAGUUACUCCCCCCGUUCACCGUACCAACUACAAAGCUUUACUCGCCAACGUGGCCAACGACCCGGGUCCAAUUUCGUUGGGUCACAAACUGAAGUUCGGGGUGGAACUCCAAAUGUCCGUAUAGAUCAAUCAGCCCUUCAAGAUUUUUCGGGCGCUCAAGUAUGUACCUUCCGCGAAGAGGGUGUCGUAAGCAUCACUGGACGACCAGGCGAUGCAGUUUCUGUCGCGCCCGUACUCAUGGGCAUCGCUGCCGCUAGAUAUGAUGGGGCGGAAAAAUCCCUGUUCCGUCAAACUGGACCUUAUUUCAGCAAGGAUUCUUCUAACACGAAAAUGAAUGCUCUUAUCAUGGGCACGUUAGGCCAAGAACUGGGCUUCGAGGCUUUCUUUAAGAAAUUACACGGGAAUAUUCCCGGACAAACUGAUGAUGGCAUGUUGAUAUCCGGCCAGUGGAACCGUAGCGGAUGUCUUACGUCAUUUGAGCUGAACAACCCACAAAAACGGGUUGUAGGACUAACGAAUUCGCAAUUAAUGGGCGCUGUUGACGGUCUAAUUUUGGGAACCAUUCUGAAAUCAGCACACGGUGGAAUAGUUGACAGACUCUCCCUUGCGGAACUACUUCGCCUGUAUUACUCAAACAAUCAGAACUUCGUUCAACUUCAAAGCGGAAACACUCGCCUAAGCGUUUGUGAUCGUGCGACUAAUUAUCAUAAGAUCACGACACGAGAAAAAGUAUGUCUACAGGCAAAACUCAUGGCUUACGGACUGGCAAUCAAAGAUGGCCGUACCUUUUUCCCUGAGAAUUCCUCCGGAGGAAGAUUAUCCUUCCAAACUAACCCCGACAUAGAUGCUUACGUGAAUGAUGCUUACAACAGCAUACGCUUUGACGACAGUAUGAAGGAUUCUGUGACCGACAAUACAGAUUUGAACGAAGGGAUGUGCCAGCGUAGCGGUUCUAAUGUAGAACAAUGCUGGGGAGUAGCCGAUGUGUAUGUUCUUCUCGACACCCGCAUCUUGCGAGACGUGGUUAAGCUAAAUCUUCAAGCGGAUAUUCUCGGACGAAUCCUAAACGGCAUGGAGUUUCAUCGGUCCCGUAAUGCGGUCCAAGUUUUUGCCGGCCGAUCUGGGUCUACCCUGCUGAGGAUUCCUGAUCGUGGAAGCCCCAACAUAGCAUCGUCCGGUUGUCCUGCUUGCAUUGCACAAUAUCUCGAUAGAUUCGUGUCGACAACUUAUGGCAGCGAGUCUGACGCCGAUUUAAUCAAUGCGCUUAAUGAAACGCUCCGCGUGGAGAAGGAGUCGCUAGCGAGGACUCCAAAGUCAGCCUCAGCAGCUCAAGUAAUCCUAUACUUUCGCAUGACCGACGAUCCAAUCGUUGAUCGAGAAGCAAUGAGAGAAGCAUUGUUUCGCCUGCGUAUCGGGAACCCCGAACUAAAGAUUAUCGGUAUCGGAGAUCAGCUCGGCACGCUCAGCAGCUACUCUGAAGCGCUGAGCGCCUAUGAGCUCAACGACCUAGCAAAAGAGCUUUCUGUACCUGGUAGGACCUUUACUGGCCAAGGCGGUUUAUUUAGUGAAAUCCAGCAGUCGAUAUGUGAGACAGGACUAAACUUGCGAAACCCGACUUGCCGUCCAGACUGGCUGCCUUCAAUACAACGGCGUGGCGCGUCAAGUGAUCCAAGUUACUUUUCAGCGGGUAUCGAACCUCAACGCGUCCAGUUUCUUUCCUAUGACACGCGAUACUUUUUCGAAAGCAAAAAUAUGCGUAUCAAGUUCACUCCUGCUCCCGGCCGAAACAUCCGCGUCUGCGAUGCGUCUUGGAAAUACAACUAUAAUCGAGGGGUGCCUUCGCACCAAUCUUUAGUCAGCAAUAGCAAUUCGAAUCGAAGUACCGUCAUCAACGUAAAUAAAAAUAAGCGGAACGACAAUCAUCAAAAGGAAGAUGAUGGCCGGCCCUUCAUUUGCCAGGAAACAAACAACAAUUUCCGCGAAAUCUACUUUAAUUAUUCAAGUCCUUGUCGACUGGGACCUUUAAGUUGCGCUCCGAUCCGUUUCGCUGUUGUCGGAAUCGACGAUUCCUACGGCGGUCGGGGUAGAACAAUUUCGAGGGCCUGCAGAGACGAAUUUUGCCAGUCACCCUUUGCGAUUCCGUAUACCGUUACGCACGAAGGAAUGGUCUGCGCAGCUAACUCGUUGACGGUUUCUAGUAUUUUGUCGGUAGCCACUCUGAUCUUCCUGCUUAUAAAUAGACUUUUUUAAACGGAAGGAGAUCUGACGGCGUUCGUCUCUCAACUUCGUCGGUGGUAAAGGCCCGAACCGACGAUCUAUGAGACUUGUUCCUUCUCGUGCAGGAGAUCGGCGUAUCUUUCGAAAAGAUCUGCAAUUAAGACCAGAAUGAUUAUGGUCGGAGCGUAUCGCAUUAGUAGCACCAAAAACGUCAGAGUUUUAGCAGAGUAAAACGUAAUCUAGAUAUUCAAAUUCGAUUUCGACAAAAAGUAUU